GUUUGAACAUGGUGUUCUCGCCCUGGACCUCUGGUGCUCCGGUUACGAUCAUAUCAACACCAGCUUUUCAAAGUGUUUACUAUGACCGGCCCACGGGUGGACACGUGUGAGGGUUUUGAUGAGGUCGCGCAAGCGCCCGACAUCGAGACCGCAAACUUCACAUAUAUACGCGGUGGUGCAACAGCCACCGAAAGAGCAGAGCGUGGUACUGCUACCUCCCAUGUUGAACCAUCGCCCAUAUCCAGACGAGAGACACUGGGUAAAACCACAAUCAUCUUCGAGACUCACGAUGGCCACCGCUACGUGUUACCGUAUCUCCCAUGGGAGACCACUAAGACACACAUCGAAGAUAUAUACAGGGUUCGACGGCGUGAGGCUCUAGCUGAAGCGAUCAAGGAGGACAGAUUCACCUUAUCGACUGAAGGCGGCAAUAUUAUUCUGCCUUCUUUAUGGAAUCAAGUCGUAGAACCAGCUGCAAGAGUGCAAAUUACGCUACCUGUGGAUGUUCUAAACUCGGAUAUCCCUGCAUACGACUUCGACGACAGCGCAAGGGGACCUCCACCUCCUCCUCGCCCACGCAGCCCUCCAAGACCGCCUUCAACAAACAGUGAAGGAGAUCGAACAGAUAGCGAUGACGCUAGCAGUGUUGAAGACUUGGAAAGUUCCAGCAGUGAAAGUGAGAUAGCUGAGCUCCCUCCUGUCCGCCAGGUUAUUACGCCAACGGACGAAGAUGGCAAUCUCCUUGUAUUCAAAGCUACAACUAAGUACUUGAAUCGAGGUGCAGCAAAUGCCAAUAACGCAUCCAACAAGCGAGAAUCCCAAAUUCCUGUCAAAGACGCAGAAUGCAUCAGCAUUGCGAAGGCGGUCUCUACUCAAGGCGAUGGUCGAACUUCGUUACAGAUAUUUCUCCUGCCAGGCCCAAGAACUACUUCAACGCCUCUUGAUGAAAGCAUACGGUGGUUUCAUCUACGCUCCGCACCUUUGGAUUUUACCGGCUUCAAGGAGACUUGCCUCAGUAUACCCGGGCUUUCCAAACGCCUCCAGGAGAUGGUGAAGAAGACUUUCGACAGAGUUGAGAAAGAGAAGCUCAAGGCCUUCCUAGAUGGCAUGUUCAUUGAGCCUGGCACAGUUUUAAGAGGCGACGAGAGCGAUCAGAGCGAUCCGGAAAGCGUCAUCUUCAGCUGUCUUCCCUACUUUGACUUGCAGAUACCAGCCAAGAAGGCGCCAAACGCCAACCAGGGCAACCGUUUCUCAUCCCGGACACUAAUGCAGUCAUAUUACCCUUACGAGCCCGUGCAAGACAGAGACGUAGAACAAGCGUAUCGGAAGUUCGGCAACGAGCAUCGCGAUGCUCUCGUCCAUGUACCAAACCUGUGGACGGUGAAUAUCGGUUCUAAAAUAGUCGCUACUUGCAGCCAUGAAGCAUUAAGCCAUGGCUUCGUCCAGUCCAUCAAGCUCAUCGCAAUUGAUGGUGAUCGCGCAAAGAACGAUAGCAGGAGCAGAAACAUCAGAUUGACAGAUUGGAAUGGUCGCAAGUUACUUUACACUGUGAAAGAAUGCGCAACGUAUAUCCAGAUGGAACAGAAACUUAGAGAGCUGCGAUGGUGCUCAACAGGAUCGAAUCAAGACAGGAGUCUAAAGUUGACAUGGCAGUUGCGAGACAGCCAGGUCAGAGUCACUCCGAGAUUAUGGGCCAGUAUUCUUGGGCAAAAAGACAAUAUGUUCAUUGAACUCAGCCUGGCGAACGACGUAGGGAACAUACCUUUAGCUGGCGGGGCUAAGCAGCUUCUUUCACCAAUUGCGAUAGCCUUAAAGCCGUUCUUCCAUUGGCCCCAAAAGCCAGAAACAGAGGACGUCGAGACAAAUCUUGUGCUUUCUGAUGAACUCAAGAGAUCGAUCCGGUGCCUGGAGCUCACCGAAAAAGCUAUGACUUCGCAGGUACUCAGCAGCUACUAUUCCGAGGCCACGGUCGAGGAUACGUUCACCUCAAUUGAAUACUACCGCACUCUCCCUCAGGCGACCGCAGACCAGGUCAAGUCUGGUCUUCGAGCGCUUGAAGCUAGCAAAAUUAAGUUGGAAAAGCCGAAGGAAAACAGAGUCGCAUGUCACGAAGCUGUCGUUUUCCGCCAGCGUAUUGAAUUGGUACAGAAAACGUCUGAGCUUUGUAAUUGUUUCGACAAUACACUGGCACUGUUCGUUGCUGACGUCGACAAGAGCACGAUGCUUCGAAAGUCCUGGGCUGCCAUGCAGAACAUCUGUGAAAUGGCAACUACGAUUCUUAGACGUGAGCCUCUAAGCUCCGAUCCAGAAGAGCUGGCCGAUAACGGGCGCACUCGAUCGUCUACGACUCAACAGGCGUGGUUCGUCCGCUUGAGCCUCGGCGAAGAAGCGGAAUCAGGGCCCCUUCAGAAGCUCACGCGCAGGUUUGAGAAAUGCAGGCCUUGCACUACGUCCAAAUCGUACAAUGACUCGCAGACAGCAAUGCGGCAUGCACAGCGGCAUUUCCGCCACCUGGAGCCUUCGGACUCAUCUGUCUUGCCUCUCAAGGACUGUAUCGUGACCCGCGAUCAGAGAAGACUAGAGGUAUUCAAUGAAACUCACGUCGCUAUCCUGACAAAAGCGUGCAAGAAAGCUCAGCGACUACUCACUGAAGCUAAGGAGCUCGCUCAUGGCGUGCUCAAUGAAGAAGGGCAGAUGUCUGAUCUAUAUACGUUCCCUUGUUCACUCCUCAACGCUCUCCGCCAGCAGCUCGUCUUCUACUUCGCAGUUGAGCGAGCUAUGUUCUUCACUGAGAAAAGAUUGAAGGAUGGUAUGGAAGAGGAUGAGCUUGUAUCCUACUCAGAUGAUGAUCUACUUGCCAUCGAGAAAUUUGGCAACGGCGUGCAGCAAGCGCUUGCAGUAGCGCGUACUGAACUCUGUUCUAUGGUCAAAUCUACAAGGCCUCCAGAUGUCUUUGAACGCCUGUCUCUCAGCCCAGAAUAUGUAUGUGGCUGGUUCAUGCGGAGACUGAUUGUGAAACCUCUUUCAAGAAGCUUUGCAGUCAACGAUGUACACAGAAAAUAUGGGUCAGCGAUCUCGAGUAUGAAACCUCCCGAAAGAAACCUGACAGUCAGCGACAUGUACAGAGAAUAUCUAUCAACAAUUCAAUUCCAAGUAAACCAUCGUCCGGGCAAGCGAUUACUCCGCUCGAUCAACCUCCUUCAAGAGGAGAUUGCAGCUCUUUUGGAAGUCAACACCCAGCAGAGCAGGCUCAUCUCCAACUACAUGAGUGUUCUGGAUGACACAACGUUCGAAAAAGAUAUACCGAGUCGCAGAGCUAUGUUUCCUCAUGAGCGCAUGUUGCUUCAGUCAUGCCAGGACAAUCUAAGAAUGACGGACCAAGAGUAUCGUUACAUGCUCGCUCGGUGCGGCCCUCUGUCAGACAGCACCAAGCAAAGCCUCGAGAUCAACGAAGAGGACCACGGCAAAGCUAUCUUGGUGUUUACUGUAGUCACGGUCAUCUUCCUCCCACUUUCAUUCGUAACCUCGUUUCUCGGCAUGAACACGACCGACAUCAGGGACAUGGGUAGCUCUUCCACGCUCUUCUGGGCAAUCGCAAUCCCACUCACAGCAGUGACCAUGGGCUCUGUCAUGUACAUUGGCUACAACGGCGACGACCUGCGCGACGCAUGCAGCUCUGUGUACCGCACUGUGACAGGGAAGCAAGACCGCAGCAUCGGCGCGCGCGGUAUCAGCGUCGCCCAACGCAACCUGGCACGCAGAUCCGCGGCGGACUCGAAAGGCACACUGGACUUCAGUAGUCUUGCAGAUGAAGCCGAGUUUGCCAACCCGCGGCCAGAGGACUACUAUCGUAGUACAUGGAGGGGUGCACCCCGACCUCCUCCUCCAGAGUACACCCUCGACCCACCGAUGAUGCGGUGGGAGCCGUAUGCAAGCGCUCCAAACCGAGUGAUUCCCAAGCCAGCGGGUACAGAAGGAUCUUUGGAUGACGAAUGGUAUCAAUCCAAACCACUUGCGAGCGGUCGAAGGCACUACGACCACUGUGCCACUGAGAUUUUACGUCCUGAACCUGACUACACUGAGACGCGCCAGAAUAUGGCUGGGUACCGUACAGCUCGCAGAUAUAGAAGGCCAGAGGUGCGGACGUAUAACGAACCCAUUGUCAUCGAGUACGGGCAAAGAAGAGUACAGGACGAUGACGAGUGGUACACAAGUCGCCCCAGGGCGCGAGUCACAGAACAGCACAACACGCCACCGCCACAAUACGAAUGGACGAGGCAAGGUCACAAACACCAACAAGACAGGCACAGGCGCAGACGCAGACGCAGAAGCCAGGAUGAAAUGGAAGUGGAGACCGCGUACUAAGACAUGUCCUCAAUUUAUGCUACAUCACACC